AUGUUGGUGUUGAACUGCGAUUGCGAUGUUCGCGAGGUCCAGAUCCAUUACUCGUUACCAGCUGAAAAUUCAGCUUGUCCAUCCGUGCAACGAACAUGUCAGGCCAUCUGUCAGUGGCCUCCCUCGAGGACGUUUUGCUUAGCGAGGAAUCAAUUCCAAAAGACGUAUUCCGUUAAUCGCGAAGACGAGACAUUAAUCUCAUAUCUGAACUACGAAGCCCGACGAGAGGUUGAGUGCGUGGUUGUGCUUCAGAAAACGUCGUUCCAGCGGGUUGUUCGAAGUGCCUUCGACGUAAUCACAGUGUCAGACCCCGUCUCUGCUGCUCAUAGAGCGCACGGAGGCAGACAUUGGACGGUGGUUCCGAUUCGUUUAGUAAUGUUGUCAGCGGAACACGACAGUCGAGAAGGUGACCGCGGUACUUCUUUAGACUUCUUUUUCCCUGUGCUGCUUUUAGAAGUUUCGAUUGCCUGUACUUUCGAAGAUCUUUCUGCAAAGCUUCUGCAACUGGUAUUGGCCCAGUCCUUCGAGAUGUGA